AUGGUGCCUCAUAUGCUUAGGGCACUGGGGUCCCUCCGACUGCCAAGCAGUCGCAGUAGCGAAUUGGCCCCUCUUCUUAUCUCCGAUACUGCAGGCUGCGUGUGGAAUCUGAGCAAAGAGCGCUGCAUACAAACCGAGGUAGACAAAACAUGGGGAGAUGUUCAAGUGGGCGAGAAAGACCCCGCUGUGGAUGAUUCGGAUGGCGAAGACCGAAAUGAUACGGCUUCCAUGCUUGCACUUGCCGGCACCUCUUUUGGUGGAGUUGUCGGUUUGACACUCACUAUUGACGGCUGCGCUCCCCAUCAAAUGUGUCUGCGCCUUACUACUGCUCAUGCCUCUGGAAGAAUCAUGGGGUGGCUGGUUUCUGUGGAGAAAACGGGAAAGAGCAUGAAAGUUUCACCAACGCUACAGCACUCCUCCAUUAUUCAGCAAUCCAUCAGCUGCCUAGGAUAUAUGAUGGAUUUUGAGACAGGAAAUGAAAGAAAUCUAGAGGAGCUGCACGAAAAUCAAUGCCUUCUAGGCCUUGUUGGUGGGUCUGUCGUCUGGCUGGAAAAUGGCAGCAUCAGACCAGUCUGCCGGUGCAUUGUGGGAAUCAAGAUCAAGGGCAUGCCAUCAUUGGCUCCUUCAUCAAGCUGCAUGCACUCUACUGAAGUAGAUGAUGAGGGCGGAGAUACUGCCUGGGCUGCAGUUUGUUCCAGUGGCGAGGUUGCCUUCUUUCUGGGGCCCGAACGCACUGAAACGAACACCCCUACGACAGUUCUAAAGAGGCUUUUCCUUUCGUCCUGGCUGGACGGGAACACUGCAGACUCACCGCUAAUCAAGGGACACGUGCCUCCCGCCACUCUUCGUAUUCCAGAGAAUGGAGGCUGCUGGGUAAAAAGGGGAGUUGAACUAUGGCGAGAAUUUCAGCAGGAAGACGAGCAGCCGACAAGUUAUGCCGGAACCCUUGUUGGAGUAUUUUCUGUUGCGUUUUCAACAGCAAGCUUUGGAGCUCCAGUUAGUGGCAUCGCCUUGCUCAUCCCCCGAGUUGACAGCGAAGAGCUUGCAUCAUUUCCGCAGAUUCGCUGCACGCGGCUUAGCGUGUCACCACUCUGUAUAGCAAGCGAAGGCCCAUUUCUGGCGGUUGGCACCGCAUCUGGAGGGGUUGUACUCUUUCACUUGCGAGACGUGUUCGGUGAAUCCUGUAGCGGUGCAAGGGCAUUCGUGGCUGCACCAGCUAUCACGCCCCUUACAUACGUGUCCAUUGGGUGCCUUCCGAUACAGCGGGUGCAACUGUUGUGGGACAUCAGCGAGACAACGAAGGAGACCGCAAACGAGAAACAUUUUGCUAUUGUAGAGAGACCAAUUCUGGUGCUUGCGCUUCAAGCGGAUGGGCAAUUCUUGAGAGCUCUGUUUCAACCUGAAUUGCUGGGAAGCCCUGCUUCGCUUUCGCUACUAGUGGACAAAAAUGCGCAGUACAAAACGCUGGCGAACAAGUGCAACGUUUGUGCAGUAGCCCCAUGUAUCUCUUCAUGGGGAAUUCACCACGCACGACUAUCUCUUACCAUCGCAACUGCCAAAGGGCAGGUGGCUGUGGCUACCUUAAGGGAACCAGGCUUGUUCCAGCUUUGGGUGCUUGAGAAUUGCAUAGGACAAUUAGAGCCACAUGCAUGUAGUGACGAGACAGAGCAGGCGACUUCCUUUAGAGUUGAAUUUUCUUGUUCAACUGUCUCCAACAGAGCCUCUCCAGAAGGAAAGCUUCUUCAGGAUCUCGACGGUUUGAAAGAAGCUCAUGACGAUCCAUCUAAUUCACAGUUAUUGCCGAAGAAGUCUCGAUUGUAUACGGCUCGUCGCUUAUCUGCGGCCCCUGACGUGCAAGCACAGAUGGAGGCUAUUAUGCGAGAAAAGCAAGCCAUUCAAGAAGAGCUACAGACUUUAGUUGAAAGAGUGACAGGCUCGGACGCUCUUCGUAGCCUGGAAGCUGAGGCGGCGAACGUGGAUGCCAGUGUCCGCAUGAUUGUCAACCAACAAGCUAUCGCAACUCAAAUGGAAAAGCAGCAGCAGCUGCUGCUGCUGCAACACGCAUUUUUUGCAUUUCACCGCAGCUUGGUGCAGCAUUUGCAAGCCUCAAUCCUAACUGCUCCCAAGGAGCUCGCUAUUCCUGCGGAGAAGCCCGGUAGCGUGAUUACUGAGAAGAGCUACCUCCGCUUCCGUCAGCGACCCAGAGAUACUAUCCUAGAGACAAAGUUUAUCUUCUUGAGGAAAGUUUCAUGA